AUGUCUUCUAGCAAGGGCCAAUUCGAGUCGGGCUUUCAGCCCGAAGUGCAACACCAACCCGUUCCGGGUCUGGAAAAGAAUAUGGACCCGCAGCCGCUUUACGACCAACUCCCUACCGCCGACGGAGGCAAGCAACCCUACAGAGCCGCCGGCAAGCUGGAGGGCAAGAAGGCCAUUGUAUCGGGAGGGGACUCCGGGAUCGGGAGAGCCAUUUGCGUGCUCUACGCCAUGGAAGGCGCCGAUGUCUUCAUUGCUUACCUUCCCCAAGAAGAAGACGACGCACAAGAGACUAAGAAGCUUGUCGAGCAAAACGGACGAAAAUGCUACCUCCACGCGACCGACCUGACGGACCGCGGAAACUGCGAGAAGCUGGUGGCUGAAGCCGUCAAGCAGCUUGGCGGUCUGGACAUCCUCGUAAAUAAUGCAGCGUACCAGAUGGUGGUCGAUGAUAUCAAGGACCUGAAGGAGGAGCAGUGGAUCCACACCUUUAACACAAACAUCCACCCCUACUUCUACCUUGCUAAGUACUCGCUUCCCCACAUGAAGGCCGGAUCUACCAUCAUCAACAAUGCCUCCAUCAACGCGUACAUCGGCCGUCCUGAUCUCCUCGACUACACUUCCACCAAGGGCGCUAUCGUUGCUUUCACCCGCGGCUUGUCGAACCAAUACGUUGGCAGGGGUAUCCGCGUCAACGCCGUCGCACCGGGUCCGGUCUGGACUCCACUCAUCCCAGCUACCAUGGGCGACGAACAGAUCAAGCAGUUCACCGCGCCUAUCGGCAGGCCGUCGCAGCCUAGCGAGAUCGCAACGUGUUUCGUGUUCCUGGCGAGUGCGGACAGUAGCUCUAUCAGUGGACAGACGAUCCACGCCAACGGUGGAACCAUUGUCAACGGCUGA